AUGAGUUUUAAUGGAGGUGCUCACAGUUUGAAACGUAUACUUCAUGAUACAGUUACUGAAGAUGUCAAACCAGAAAUGGCGACUGGAGUUAAUGGUGGUAAAGAAACUAUCAUGAAUGGUAAUUCUAAAAAUGAUCAUUUUAAAAAAAUGCCAAAAAGACAAGUCAUUGUACCUAUUCGUCAGCCAAAAUUACAUUACACUCCAUUAAAAACUGGUUUGUGUUAUGAUGUAAGAAUGAGAUAUCAUGCUAAAAUUUUUACUUCAAAUUUUGAAUAUAUUGACCCACAUCCUGAAGAUCCAAGAAGAGUUUAUAGAAUAUAUAAAAUUUUAGCUGAAAAUGGUUUGAUUAAAGAUGAAAAUUUAAGUGGAUUGGAUGAUAUUGGUGAUAUUAUGUUGAAGAUUCCAGUUAGAACGGCCACUGAAGAAGAAAUUUUGGCUGUUCAUACAAGAGAACAUUUAGAUUUUAUUGAAAAUAUUGAAUCCCAAUCUCGUGAAGAAUUGAUUAAACUUACAGAGAAAGCUGAUUCAGUUUAUUACAACAAUGAUUCAUAUUAUAGUGCAAAGCUAUCCUGUGGUGGAGUUAUAGAGGCUUGUAGAGCUGUUGUAGAGGGAAGAGUUAAAAAUUCAUUAGCAAUUGUAAGACCACCAGGCCAUCAUGCUGAACCACAAGCAGCUGGUGGAUUUUGUUUAUUUAGCAAUGUAAGUGUAGCAGCAAGAAGCAUAUUAAGAACAUAUCCUGAAAGUGUAAGAAAAAUUUUAAUUUUAGAUUGGGAUAUUCAUCAUGGUAACGGUACUCAAAAGGCCUUUUAUGAAGAUGAAAACGUCUUAUAUAUCUCUUUGCAUAGAUAUGAAUCUACCGCUUUUUACCCAGGUACAAUCCAUGGUCGCUAUGAUCAAGUUGGUGAAGGUAAAGGUGAAGGUUUCAAUUGUAAUAUUACUUGGCCAGUUGGCGGGGUCGGUGAUGCUGAAUAUAUGUGGGCAUUUGAACAUGUAGUGAUGCCCCUAGGUCGUGAAUUCAGACCAGAUUUAGUCAUUGUAUCAUCAGGU